AUGGAUAUGUGGCCAUAUCAAGACGUUUCCUUGAUCUUUGAAGUACGUUUGGGUGAUGUUAUGGAUCUUAUAUGUCCAUUUUAUGAUGAACAUGAAUCAUAUAUGUUAAAUGAAUUCGAACAAUAUGAUAUCUAUCGUGUAGCUAAAAGUGAAUAUGAUAUGUGUAGUAUAGAUCAAUUGAAUACAGAUCCAAUGACUCGUGCUUUGAUCACAUGCAACAGUCCGUAUGAUGUGAUGAAAUAUACACUUAAUUUUCGUUCAUAUUUACCAAUACCGAAUGGAUUGGAAUUUCAUUCGAAUCAAACGUAUUAUUUCUUGUCAACAUCAUUAUCUCAGCAACCAUGCUAUAAAUUGAAAAUAAUUGUACAUGACUAUCAACGGAUAUUACCAUCAACAAGUACAGCAUCACCUAGUAAUGAACAAGAUCAAAAUUUUCUAAUAUCUUCCUAUUAUUCUAAUUCUCAACAUGAAUUACCGACUAUAGAUAAAAAUACUAAUUAUAAUGACAAUCAUCAAUUGUUUUCGCAUAUUAUGAAAGCUCAACGUCAUAGUGAUCCAUAUUCAAUAAAAUGGAUUACAGACGGACCGCAUCAUCUAAGAAAUUUCGAUAAAUCUUAUCGGACAACAGACUCAACAUCUUCAUCUAAUACACUUAGUCUCGCUUUAAAUUCAUUAUCAUUAAAAAUAUCUCCACCGUAUAUUACUAUACUUCUUAUUGUUCUAUUUUCUUUAAUAUAA